AUGAAGCUAUGCGUAAUGAUAUCAGUGUGGAUUUCACUAAAUGAGUGCAUAGUUAUCGAUAACGACUACAACGUUGCGAUGGAGGACGAGAUGACGUCAUCGCCCACGUCGCAAGGAACAAAACGCAAGGAUCGACGUAACUGUACCAGAGACACGGCGAUCAUUGAUAAACUACUUAAUGGGACCGGUUACAACAAAUUCCGUAUACCAAAUGACGAUGGCGUCCGAGUUUCCGUGGAAUUCUGGAUCCAAGCAAUCACCUCCAUUAAUGAAAUCACCAACGAUUUUGAGAUGGAUAUUUAUAUUAAUGAAAUGUGGUUGGAUCCAGCAUUAAAUUUUGCGAAUCUUAAUCCAUGUAAACAUAAUCUUUCACUUAGUCAUCAGGUUCUCGAUAGAUUAUGGACCCCAAAUAGUUGCUUUAUCAAUAGCAAAUUUGCGGAAAUACAUGACUCCCCGUUCAAUUUCAACUACAACAAUCAAGAAGUACAGAUGCGAUGGGCUGAAACCAGCCCUAAUCCGGUGGUAACGAUGACGCCGAUUGUUCUGCCCGAUUUCGAUCUGAUCAAGGUCUCACCAACGCUCGUCAACGCUCCAUAUCCAGCUGGUUGGUGGGACGAGUUACAUGUGCGGUUAACGUUUGAACGGCGAUACAUUUGGUACUUCAUGCAGGCAUAUCUUCCCACCUACCUCACUAUUUUUAUAAGUUGGAUCUCGUUUUCGCUUGGACCGCGGGCAAUUCCCGCUCGUACGAUGCUUGGCGUGAACUCAUUGCUGGCGAUGAUUUUUCAGUUUGGAAAUAUUAUGCGAAAUCUGCCCAGGGUCUCGUAUAUUAAAGCAAUCGAUGUCUGGAUGUUAAUGUCGAUGACAUUCGUUUUCUGUAGCCUACUAGAGCUAGCAAUUGUUGGUUAUAAGGUGAAAAAUGAAGAAAUGGUGAAAAAGAGAGGCGCCACAUACCACAAGAAAAUGUCAUCACCGCAUCUUGCUAACCAUAGUUUGGACACUUUUGAGUCCUCUCCGGCUGGUCUUUGUCGUUACGAGCAACGAUUUGUGCUACCGAUGGAACGUCGUGGAAUGUGUUGGGGAUGUCAUCUACGAAAUUUACGGGAUUGGCCACCGGAGAAAAUUGAUCGUAUAUCAGCUUUUAUGUUUCCAGCUUGUUUUGCUCUAUUUAAUAUCCUCUACUGGUCGUUCUACUACCACAAGAAACUGAAGCAUAUUGCUCAAAUGAAACUAUGA